AUGAGAGGUGCUCAUAUCUUCAACAGUUUUACCUUGUGUCCGUGGUGGCUUAUCGUGCCAAAUUCAUUUUCUUGCAUUCCUUAUCUGGAGCGCUCAGCAGCCCGUCUGUACGUGAUCUGGGCACACUCCUGUUUAUUCUUGUGUUAUCGUGUGAAGUCAGAGAUAGAUUGCAAAGCACUACAGCCUGUUAAGCGACAAAACGGGGUGUGUUACCGGUUUCUUCUUCUUACUACUAAAACAUAUUUUUCCUUUUUAAAAUUUUCAAGUAUUAACCGAAAGUCAGUUGGGUGUGGGCCGUUAGGGUGUGCCUCUGUAAAUUUGUUUAUAGUUCAGCGGAGGAGGUCUCUCCACGCACAAACCAGUGCGUGUUUAGGAGGUGGUGGUGGGAGGUUGAGGGAUUUUUGUGUGUUGCCACUACGCAAACACAAGCGGCCAAAUAAGGUGUAA